AUGUCUAACAACGACAUCAUUUUCCAAGUCAGACACGAUGUCGCUCGUGUUGAGCGUCUCCGCACGUUCCUGACCUGGAAAGCAAUUAGAAAAACCGUCAAAGACUCGGACGACAAAGAAAGCCUCGUCGAUGAAGCCGAAAUGGAUGAUGGUGUCGUCGCCGGUCCGGCGGAUGACGCACAAGCCAACAGGGUCAAGUUCCCCACCGUCUCGUUCCCGUGGGAGGUAUCAUCCUUCUUCUCUGAAAACGUGGCCGAAGCUAGUCAGGAUGAUCUCAUGAACAUCACCAGCAGCGAAGCCGCGCUGGAGAAACUGCGCAAGAACGACGAGCGGACCCGCGACAUGACCGUUGCCGAGUACGCCACUUGGUCGGAGUACCGCCACGCAUCAUUGACGUAUCGCAAGGCGAAGCGGUUCAGAGAGUGGUGCGGGCUGGGCGUCAUUGUGGAAAACAAGCCCAACGAUGAUGUGAUGGAUAUCCUAGGCUUCUUGACCAGUGAGAUGGUACAGAAUCUAACAGCCGAGGCGCUAAAGGUACAAGAGCAAGAGGUAGUCUGCGGCGGGAAGGGAUCCACGACUGGCUUUGAGAUGGGCCAGCAGAGUAAAACGGUGCUGUUUUCUGAACUCGAAGGGAUUAGGAAGGCUAUUGACGAGAAGCAUGUUCGCACGGCGUUUCAGCGGCUGCAACAACGACCAAAGAAGCGGCGGGCUUUGUUGAAUGAGGUUAGCUUGGUCAGCUACAUCGAAGUGCCUUCAUUCGCCCAUAGAUAUUAUGUUGGCCUCCGAAGCCCGCCAAGGUUGCAUAUGCUAUAA